AUGGACAAAUACCAGGAGCAGCCUCAUCUCUUGGACCCACACCUUGAAUGGAUGAUGAACUUGUUGUUGGACAUAGUGCAGGAUCAGACAUCUCCAGCUUCCCUUGUGCAUCUGGCUUUUAAAUUUCUUUACAUCAUCACCAAGGUUCGAGGCUAUAAAACAUUUCUUAGUUUAUUUCCCCACGAAGUUGCUGACGUAGAGCCUGUUUUAGAUUUGGUCACAGAUCAGAAUCCCAAGGACCAUGAGACUUGGGAAACCCGCUACAUGCUGUUGCUAUGGCUCUCUGUGACCUGCCUGAUCCCUUUUGAUUUUUCUCGCCUUGAUGGGAACCUUCUCACCCAGCCUGGGCAAACACGAAUGUCCAUAAUGGACCGUAUUCUCCAAAUAGCAGAGUCCUACUUGAUCGUCAGUGACAAGGCCCGAGAUGCAGCUGCCGUCCUCAUGUCUAGAUUUAUCACACGUCCUGAUGUCAAGCGGAGCAAGAUGGCUGAGUUCCUGGACUGGAGCCUGUGCAACCUGGCCAGUUCCUCCUUCCAGACCCUCCAGGGGGUCAUCACCAUGGACGGGAUGCUGCAGGCCCUGGCACAAAUAUUUAAACAUGGAAAACGUGAAGACUGCUUGCCCUAUGCUGCCACCGUCCUCAGGUGCCUCGAUGACUGCAAACUCCCUGAGAGCAACCAGACCCUGCUGCGGAAGCUGGGGGUGAAGCUUGUGCAGCGACUGGGGCUGACCUUCCUGAAGCCGAGGGUGGCGGCAUGGAGGUAUCAGCGUGGCUGCCGAUCCUUGGCUGCAAAUCUGCAGCUUCUCGCUCAGGGCCAGAGCGAGCAGAAGCCGCUCAUCCCGACCGAGGAUGCCGACGAAGAUGACGACGUCCCAGAGGGCGUGGAGAGCGUGAUAGAGCAGCUGCUGGUCGGACUGAAGGACAAGGACACUGUUGUGCGGUGGUCUGCAGCCAAAGGAAUCGGUAGGAUGGCUGGCAGGCUUCCCAAAGCCCUGGCGGAUGAUGUGGUCGGGUCUGUGCUGGACUGCUUCAGUUUCCAGGAGACCGACAAGGCGUGGCACGGGGGAUGUCUGGCGCUGGCAGAGCUGGGCAGGAGAGGCCUGUUGCUGCCGUCUCGACUCGUGGAUGUUGUCGCCGUGAUCCUGAAGGCGCUGACUUACGACGAGAAGCGGGGCUCCUGCAGCGUGGGCACCAACGUCAGGGACGCUGCCUGCUAUGUGUGCUGGGCCUUCGCGCGUGCCUACGAGCCUCAGGAGCUGAAGCCCUUUGUGACUGCCAUCUCUAGCGCACUGGUGAUCGCCGCGGUGUUUGACCGAGAUAUAAACUGCAGAAGAGCAGCCUCUGCCGCCUUCCAGGAGAAUGUGGGGAGACAGGGCACUUUCCCGCAUGGGAUUGAUAUUUUGACCACAGCCGACUAUUUUGCUGUCGGUAACAGAACCAACUGUUUCCUGGUUAUAAGUGUGUAUAUUGCCGGCUUUCCUGAGUACACCCAGCCGAUGAUAGACCACCUGGUUACCAUGAAGAUCAACCACUGGGAUGGGUAGGUUUUCUGUUUGUUUGUAUCAGCCGACUAGUCAAUAACAUCUUUAAAACCAGAGUUCCUGUCUCUUGCAGUCUUCCCGAGGCUGCUGUCCAUGACGCUGAGUCCAGACCUACACACGAGGCAUGGGUCAAUUCUUGCCUGCGCGGAGGUUGCUUACGCCUUGUACAAACUUGCAGCCCAAGAGAACAGGCCCGUCACGGACCAUCUGGACGAGCAGGCGGUGCAGGGCCUGAAGCAGAUUCACCAGCAGCUCUAUGAUCGUCAGUUAUACAGGGGUCUGGGAGGAGAGCUCAUGAGACAAGCAGUGUGCGUUUUAAUAGAAAAGUUGUCACUUUCCAAAAUGCCCUUUCAAGGUGACACCAUAAUUGAUGGUUGGCAGUGGCUGAUAAAUGACACUUUGGGAUGUCUCCAUCUCAUCUCAAGUCACUCCCGACAGCAGAUCAAGGAUGCAGCAGUCUCAGCCCUGGCCACUCUCUGCAGUGAAUAUUACAUGAAGGAGCCGGGGGAGGCAGAUCCCGCAAUUCAGGGGCCCUGGCAAACCCUUUCCUGUCAGAGGACAGACUUUGAAAAGCUGAAUUCUGGGAGGGAGGAGAAGGUGGUGUUUGUAGAAGCAGCUGCUGGGAGUGAAGAGAACACAGUUGCAUUUGUGCGUUUGUGGAGCCGGGUCCUGUUUUGGCUGCGGCCGCGCAUCCAGGCGGGGGCAGAGGCGGCUCCACGUCCUCCCACAGUCCAGGUUCUCGCAGGUUUAAGAGCAGUUACCCACACUUCUCCUGAGGACGUAAAUUUCCCUGAGUCGAGGAGAGAUGGGUUGAAGGCCAUUGCUAGGAUUUGCCAGACUGUUGGUGUGAAACCAGGAGCCCCAGACGAAGCUGUGUGCAGAGAGAACGUUUCCCAGAUUUAUUCUGCACUGCUGGGCUGCAUGAACGACUACACCACGGACAGCAGGGGGGACGUGGGCGGCUGGGUCCGCAAGGCCGCCAUGACCGGUCUGAUGGAUGUGACACUUCUGCUGGCUCGGAGCCAGCCUGAGCUGAUCGAGGCCCACAUCUGUGAGCGCAUCAUGUGCUGUGUGGCCCAGCAGGCCAGUGAGAAGAUCGACCGUUUCCGUGCUCACGCCAUCAGCGUGUUCCUGACGCUCCUGCACUUUGACAGCCCUCCCAUCCCCCACGUGCCCCACCGAGGAGAACUGGAAAAGCUGUUUCCCAGGUCCGACGUGGCCUCCGUGAAUUGGAAUGCACCUUCCCAGGCCUUCUCACGCGUCACCCAGCUCCUCGGGCUGCCCACCUACCGCUACCCCGUCCUGCUGGGGCUUGUCGUGUCCCUGGGCGGCUUGACGGAGUCGACGGUCCGGCACUCCACCCAGAGCCUCUUCGAGUACAUGAAGGGCGUUCAGAGUGACCCGCAGGCCCUGGGCAGCUUCAGCAGGACCCUUCUGCAGAUCUUCGAGGACAACCUUCUGAAUGACAGGGUGUCCCUGCCGCUGCUGAAGACUCUGGACCACGUGCUCACCCACGGCUGCUUCGACAUCUUCACCACGGAGGAGGACCACCCCUUUGCUGUGAAGUUGCUUGCGCUUUGUAAGAAAGAAAUCAAGAAUUCCAAAGACGUCCAGAAACUGCUGUCAGCCAUCCCCGUGUUCUGCGAGAUGGUGCAGUUCCCCGGCAACGUGAGGAGGAGCGCCCUCCUACAGCUGUGUUUGCUCCUCUGCCACCGCUUCCCGCUGAUCCGGAAGAGCACGGCCAGCCAGGUGUACGAGACGUUGCUCACCUACAGUGACGUCGUGGGCGCGGAUGUGCUGGACGAGGUGGUGACUGUGCUCAGCGACACUGCGUGGGACGCGGAGCUUGCAGUCGUGAGAGAGCAGCGCAACCGUCUGUGUGACCUCCUGGGUGUGCCCAGGCCCCAGCUGGUGCCCCAGCCUCACGCCUGCUGAAGCCAGUUCUGGAGCCCGUACCUCACCCCUGCCUGGUGGGGAUGUCUUGUUCCUGAGGGAGGCCGGUGUGGAAAGCCUGGCACGGUGGUGCCUCCAGCUGUUGAAGGGUAGCGCUGGCCCUCGGAGGCUGGCACCAGCUGACAGCUUUUCCUCUCUGCACCUGCCCUCUAAUGACCUGGGGUGGAUGCCUCUGCCUUCACUUGAACACAGAUGUGCUUCCUAUAAAAUCGUGUACCAAGAAGUUCC